AUGAAGACCGAUGACACACUAACCCCUCCUCGCUACCAGAGCGAGAAGCUGGGGCGUCGAGAAAUUUUCCGGGACAUAGCUCGCAGAGUGCCGAAGGAUAAGCUCCGCCUCUUCAUGACCAUGACUCAAGUUGCGGCAGCAAAGGCGAUCGGUAUCUCACCGACGACGCUCAAGAAGCUGUGCCGAUACUACGGGAUAUCGCGGUGGCCCUACCGCCAGAUCGCAGGCAAAACACGAGCCGUGGAUCGUCUCGGGGAGUUGCUCGACGAGCCGUCGUCGGAGUUGCCCAAGGCCGUCCUCAAAGACCACCUCUCGCUGCUUCGCCGUCGGGUCCUCGGCGACGGGGGACCAACGAUGGCAAGAAGAGCAAGCAGUGCUCCCCACGGGCUGGUCCGCUACGGCGGCGCCGACACGGACCACGCGGGCACGCCAGGCGGAGCCGCCAGCUUCGUUCUCAACGCUGAUCCGCCUUCAUCUCCGUGUGCCGCAGCUGCGUGUUCGGCGCCUCUUUCUUGUCACCUGCAUCAGAGCCCCGCGCGUGAUGGAAUGACCAGCAGCAUGCCUGCCUACUGCUGCUACCACGGAAACGGUGUCGCCCCGAUUGGUGGUAUGCAUACCACGCAGAUGACGGCCUUCAGAGGCCGCGGCCGCUACGACGGCGAGAGCAUCCGGCCUGCGUUUUCUUCCGCCGCCAUACCGGUCGCGGUGGCGCAGAUGAUGCCGACCCCCGCCACCGGCAGCAGCACGCCUACCGUUGCUGUGCGGCGCUCCCACGUGCUUCCUAGCACCGUCGGCGAGGCAGAGCCCGCUGCCAGCGCAGCCGACGGUGUCCGCAGCAACAGCAGCACCAGUGCCGGCAAUGACAUAGAACGCGAUUUGGUCCGUGCUCCAACGCACGCGGUUGCUCGAGACGGGGCUGGGAUUGCACCGCUGCCACGGCCCCCGCCACCGCCGCCUUCUUCGUGGUCGCCUGGUCUCGCAGACUUUCCCCCGCGGCGAGCGGCGAUGCACAGGUGGGCGGGCGCAUCACGACCCAUGGCCGCAACCGCUGACUUCGGCCCGCAGCACCACGGGCCAUUCCAGCUGCGCCGAGAGCCGCCCCAAGGGUCCCUUGCAAUGCCGUGGCCAACAUGCAAGGGUCCAAGCCGGCUCUCGUACGGCAGCACUCCUGUGCAGCACCCGGGGGGCGGAGCCUUUGGCGGCUUCGACGCGAUCUUCGGCUGCAACGGCGCCGUUUCUUCUGUUUCCACGGCGGAUGAUGCCUCCGGCGGUGUUCCCGCCGCUGCUGCUUCUCUGGGAGGCGGGGCGACCGGCGGCGCCGGGAGAGGCAUGACGGACGCACAGGCAGGACUAGCGGACGCACAAGCAGGGAUGAGGAGCGCCAGAGUGGAUGGUCGACGCCAAUAG